AUGUUCAUAAGAUGAAUAAAGGAUCAGGAUACAACAAAUAAGAAGGUUUUUUGGUGAUAAUAAUACCUUUAUGAUAGUACCCAAUUAAAUGUAGUAACCAACGGAUACAUUUUUGGAACAAUAAUUUCGCAACAAGAUUUGACCCGAUUUCCAUUGAUGAAAUCAACGCAGACAGGUUAAUGAUGCGAGUUGACAGUGUUAUGAAAUAGAGCGUCGAAAAGCAACAACCUGACGGGAAUAGCAUACGUAUCGUCGCCAGCUCAGCAGUGUGACCGCACUAUCAUCCGGCAUCGCCCGCCUCCGAUAACCCAUAGAGUCGCAGACCGAAAUAACCAGUCAAUCCUCAGCCGCAGUCGAUAAACGACUGUCGACGCAUUCACCUCGUACCCGUCUUAUAUAGUCCACCUGUGAGGGAUGGCUUCCGUGCGUACGCGUUCCGCUUCCCCCAAGUCCGUCUCCUUCUCCCCCGUGCUCGAGCGGAAGUACAGUGCCGAAAGGGGACCCUCCUACCCCCCCGAGUUGAGCCCGAACGAAUGGAGGAAAUACUUCAACGACUUCAGCUCAUAUCUAGAUGCCCUAUUAGCAGACCUGCAGAACUCCAUAAACCCGGGUCGUGUCAGUAGCCCCGGUGGGAGGACCACUUCGCCCAGUGCACGGACGAGUUCCCCGGGACGAACCGCGUCCCCCAUAGGCAGGGGCAGUUCGCCGGGUAGGCUGAGCUCUCCUGGGGGAAGCCUGAGCUCACCCACAUCGACGGGAUACGGCUCCAUUAAUGGCUCCAGGAACAUUGGAUCUGAUUAUGCUAAACCGGCAUCGCCAACCUACCAGAACACGUCGGCGAUACACGAAAAGUCGACACCGCUCAAAUACACAAGCACGCAGGCGAGCUACGCCUCACACACGCCCAGCUACACGGGCCAGCCGGGCUACGGGAGGACCACCGGCAGGGGGAACCUGUCCGAGCUGGACACCCUGCUUGACGACCUGAGCAACGCGAGAUACGGCAACUAUGUGGAGAAGAACGCGUAUGCGGAUAGGACAGAUACUUAUAAUCGCACCAACGGCGCGACCAGCCCGGCGUCUGCGAGGCCCACCGUGGAUUCGCUUCUAGACCAACUAAGCACGGAGGUGCAUAAUGGCCGCGCGUCAACGUCCCCCGUGCCACCAUCAGGCACGCUCCCCCGCCCCGGUACCAAGCAAGUGACGGUGACCGUACAAGAGACUGUGGUGGAACCGGCGGCCCCACCACCACCACAACCACAGCCCAGUACCACGCACCGGCACCACGCCUCCAGCGCUACCAAGGAGCUCGAUGAUCUGAUGGCGUCGCUGUCUGAUUUUAAAGUGAGUGCUUGUUGUCAACAUGUUUUCAUUAAUUUAGAGUGUCGUGAGCCAUUCCACGGCGGCUCGUUCUUCGAGCACGAAGGGCAGCCGUACUGCGAGACCCACUAUCACGGGAAACGGGGCUCCCUGUGCGCCGGUUGCCACAAACCCAUCGCCGGAAGGUGCAUCACGGCCAUGUUCCGGAAAUUCCACCCGGAACACUUCGUCUGCGCCUUCUGUUUGAGACAACUCAACAAAGGAACGUUCAAGGAACAGAACGACAAACCCUAUUGCCACGCCUGCUUCGACAAACUGUUUGGAUAAAGUUCUGUAACGAAACGCUAGAUGGCGCUCAUUUCAAAGUCCACAGAUUAUUUAUGUCUUCUAAAGAUGAAUUGCCAUAUGUAUAAUUAAAAAACAUUACUAUGGUAAACGUUAUUGAUUCUAAUCGUAAAUUAUAGUAACUUCAGUAAGAUAUUAUGUAUGUGAAAUUCUAAAAAAUUGUGUAGACAAGUUAGCAAUGAAAAUAAUGAUGUGAUGAUUGAAUUAGUGUUCGUACUAAAAUGGUUCUAAAAUUAGAUAGAAAGCAAUUAUUGGUCGUAUAAUUAUUAUUGUAACGUGCAAUUGGUCUAGUGUUGAAGGAAGAGUAGUUGUAGGUAGUAUUUUUGAAAAUAUUUUCACAUUACUGAUACAAGAUAUACGUCUGUAUGUGUAAGGGCUUCAGAUAUAACUCACAA